UAUACAUACAUACACAUUCCUUAAAUCAUCUAUACCCAACAACACCCUCAAACACACACACACACUUAGUUGCAUCGGCAUAAUUCUUCAAUGGCAGCUGCUUUAGCUUCUCUUACAACUAGUCCCGCUGCUUCUGGCACACUGAGAUCCGCAAAAGUGCAUGAGUUUUGUGUAUACGAAAUUAACGAAAGAGACCGUGGAAGUCCGGCGUAUCUCCGGUUGGGGCAAAAACCAGUCAAUUCCCUUGGAGAUCUUGUUCCUUUCACCAACAAAGUGUACAGUGCAGACCUUGAGAAGAGAUUAGGCAUCACUGCCGGAAUAUGCAUUCUGAUCAAGAACAUGCCGGAGAAGAAAGGCGAUAGGUACGAAGCCAUUUACAGUUUCCACUUGGGCGACUACGGCCAGAUAUCCGUGCAAGGCGCCUACAUCACAACCGAGGAUACCUACCUGUCUAUUACAGGCGGGACGGGCAUAUUCACCGGAGCAUACGGUCAAGUGAAGUUGCAGCAGCUAGUUUUUCCCUUCAAGUUGUUUUACACCUUUUACUUGCAAGGUUUAGCUGCUGAUCUGCCUGCUGAGUUGCUUGUAACCGCGGUUCCUCCCUCACCCGCUGUGGAGCCUUCACCGGCUGCCAAAGCUGCUGAAUCUGGAGCCACCGGUCCUAAUUAUACAGAUUAAAAAAAAAAAAGAUAUGCAAUUUUAGUGAAAGUUUAUAUAAUGAAAAAUGUAGCAACUGUUUGUUAUUUACAUCAUGAAUAAGUAUGUAUAUGUUUGGUUCUAAUAUUAA